AUGAAUGAAUAAAUAUUGAGUAGGUCCAAAAUAUUAAGAAAUGAAGAAGAUGGGAUUCUCAAUUAUCUCAUCAGUGUUGUUUGUAGAGAUAUUGGUUGUUCUGCUUCCUCAGCUAUCAAAUGCGGUGGUGGAUCAUCACUCUCCAUUCCCCACUAACUUUCUCUUUGGGACUGCUUCUUCUUCUUACCAGUAUGAAGGUGCUUAUAACAUUGAUGGCAAGGGCCAAAGUAACUGGGAUAACUUCACUCACGGAGGUGGAAGUAGAAUACUAGACGGAAGUAGUGGAGAUGUCGCCAUUGAUCAUUAUCAUCGAUACCAGGAGGAUAUAGAUCUCUUGGAAUCUUUGAAUGUAAAUAGCCACCGGCUUUCCAUAUCAUGGGCAAGAAUUCUACCAAAGGGUAGAUUUGGAGAGGUCAAUUGGGCUGGUAUAGACUUCUAUAACAAAUUAUUCGAUGCCCUUCUGCGCAAAGGUAUCCAACCCUUUGUUACUCUAAGUCACUAUGACAGUCCACAGGAAUUGGAGGAGAGAUAUGGAGGAUGGCUAAGUCCACAAUCACAGGAAGAUUUUGUUUAUUAUGCGGACCUAUGUUUUAAAACAUUUGGUGACCGAGUAAAGUACUGGAUCACAUUCAACGAGCCAAAUUAUCUUGUACCACUUGGUUACCGUUCGGGUAUAUAUCCCCCAUGUCGUUGCUCCGGCUCAAUGGCAGUGUUAAACUGCAAUGAAGGAGAUUCGGAAAAGGAGCCCUUUGUAGCAGCCCAUAACAUUAUCCUGUCACAUGCAGCUGCAGUUGAUAUCUAUAGAACCAAAUAUCAGGCUGAGCAGAGAGGAAAAAUUGGUAUAGUGCUUCAACAUGAAUGGUAUGAACCAAUGAGCAAUUCUACAGCUGACAAAUUGGCUACAGAAAGAGCAAGAUCAUUCACCUUCAAUUGGUUCUUGGACCCAGUUAUAUUUGGUAAAUACCCCAAAGAGAUGGAGAAUGUUCUUGGGAACCUCUUACCCAAAUUUUCUACCAAUGAGAAAAAUAAACUCAAGAAAGGAUUGGAUUUUAUUGGCAUCAACUACUACACAGCUUCCUAUGUCCAAGACUGUAUAUACACCAAGUGUGAUUCGAGAUUUGGGAUUUCGAGAACAGAAGGUUCAUACAUGAAAAGUGCAGAUAAAAAUGGUGUCUCAAUCGGAGAAUCUACUCCAUUUAGUUGGUUUAAUAUUUAUCCACAAGGCAUGGAAAAAACUGUUACAUAUGUGAAAGAUAGGUACAACAAUACUCCAAUGUUCAUUACUGAAAAUGGGUAUGCCGAACAAGACGAUCCAAAUGUCAGUUUGGAAAUUCAACUUGGUGAUUUCAAGAGAAUAAAAUACAUGGAAAAUCACAUAGAGGCCUUGUCAACAGCAAUAAGGAAAGGAGCAAAUGUUAGGGGAUACUUUGCUUGGUCCUUGCUUGAUAACUUUGAGUGGAUAUAUGGUUACACUGUAAGAUAUGGAAUCCACCAUGUGGAUUUUGCGACGCUGAAGAGAACUCCAAGGUUAUCGGCAAGGUGGUACAAGCGACUCAUUGCAAAUUAUAAACAAACUGAAUUCAGUGGUGUACCAAAACUGGUGCAAAGUACAUGACACUAAUGACAAAUUUAAGACCUUAAUGCAAAAGUUUCAUAAGCUAUGAUUGAUUAUCUCAUGUAAAAUGUUAUCUAUAUAUAAUCUCAUCUCUUACAAAAUAUUAAGAUUAAA